CUCCAAUUAUAGCAGACAGCUGUGAUCAGCCGUAAAAUCAGCUGUCCACUCUCCUUUGCUCUCCUGUCUGCUCUCAAAAAUUGAAUGCCGUCCAGAGUUACCAGCAACAUUAACAAAACCAACAAAACAUCCAAGAAGUAUGGACAAAGUGACAAAUAUGAUGAUAUUCUGUGUGCUCUUGGCAGCUAUUAGCAGCCUCGUGUUUGGUGGAGAAUGGACGGCCAGUGUUGUCAAAGACCUUGACGCCCUGGUUUCAUCCUGCGUUGUGAUACCCUGUUCGUUCACCCAUCCCAAUGAAAAACAGCCCACCUCCAAGAUUAGAGCGAUCUGGCAUCUUAAAAGCGAUAGGAAUCAACGCAUUUAUUUUGAGGACCAAACGCAGGUUUUGGAUAGUUUUAAGGGCCGGACAAAGUUGUUGGGGCAGCUGGGUCAGAACAACUGUACCUUAGAAAUUACUGACAUUAGAGAUCAUGACAAUGGCCCUUUCUGUUUCCGUGUUGAAUUGGUUGAUGCACCUCCCAAGGAAAAGUUCUCCUUCAUUGAGGAUUGUGUCAGGUUGAAUAUGCUCUCUGAUGCUCCAAAACCUGUACUCAGUGACCCUAAAUCAGCCACUCAAGAUCGCCCUUACAGUCUCACCUGUUCAGUUACCCACACCUGUCCCUCCCAUGCUCCUAAACUGAAAUGGAGUAGGGGCACCGCAGAUGAUGAUGUCACUGAGGUCCACAGACAACUUCCUAUUGGCUUAUGGGAGGUACACUCGACCCUGACGUUCAUUCCUGGGGAGAAGGAUGACCACAGUGAGAUCACCUGCACAGCAGAAUUUCACGGAAAAGAACGGAGGACGUCCUCUUCAACAAUGACACUCUACAUAAAACGUACAGAAAACUAUAACCACAUCAUCAUUCCCACAGUAGUUGGGAUUGCCACUGCUGUGGUCUUUGGUGUUCUCUGCAUUUUUAUGACAAAAAAAUACAAGAAACGCAUUGCAGAGCUCCAAAGUCAGGAAGGCAGCAUGUGGAACCGACUGUCUAGGAUGUCUCGCAGGAUUCGUUCUGGUGACUCAGAACCAUCUCAUUCUGAUCACAGAAGGUCUGUUUGGAGCAGAUUUUCUAGAAGGCCUAAAGGAGACACAGUGGAUUUGGGUCAUAUGUCCAGUAAUGUGAAUUCAAAACCGUGUGCUGACCAGAAAUUCUCUAAGCCUCGUUUCCCGUCCCCCAAAAGCCAGCCAAAAUCCUGCAGUUACAAAGAGGACCAUGAUGAUGGUGACGAUUACAUGAACACUGCAGACCUCAACGUCUAUGGAAACAUCUGAAAA